AUGUGCCACAAUGUGAACCGUUUUUCGCCAGCCUGGGAACAUCGUAUUCGAACAGGAGCCUGUGCUCUACUUCAAGUUGCCAACCUCAUCAGUUUCCUCUACUUUGUCACUAACUACACAACUGGUGAUUUCCUGAUGAAAACCAUACUUACACAUCCAUGCAUAUUGCAGACAUUCUCAACAAUGUCUGAGUUGAUUGGAGGGAGGUAUCCUGAAGCCGAGUCUCUGGGGAAUAUCAAUGCAUCGACCUCUCAAGAUGAUCAACACAAACCUGCUAGAACUCUUAGUCUGUCAGUAUUGUUUCAGAAAAGAGAAGUGAUAGCAUUAAUAUCUCUUGGGAUCAUGGCUGCCUUCUAUGGACUCACGUUGACAGGUGUCAUAAUUGCAAUAAUGAUUGGCAUGGCAUUAAUUGGCAAAUGUCUUCAAGGAAUCAAGGUUCUACCCCAAGUUGUUGGAUUGUUGGUUCUCGCCUAUAUCCUCCCACUGUUGGAUAAGCUUCCUUGGUUGAAAAUCUCACAACAUGUGAUGUACUCCAAUUUUGUCUACUCCGGCUUCUAUGCUCAAGUAGUCCGAGCAAUGCUAAUUUGUUGUGACUAUGCAAGCGAAUCCGAGCCGAUCACUUGGAGGCGUCUGAUGUCUGAGAGCAUUGGAUUCACCGCCUUUACCAAUGUCUUUAUGCCAGCUUCUUUCAUUGUUUUUUCAGACUGGAAACAAUGGUACGAUGGUGAACAUGAAUACAUAUGGAGUGGUUCAUUCAAAUUGGUUCCCAAGAAGCGUGUAGGCAAGGCAACUGAGAUUCGAACCCUCUCCCUCCUUCGACUCGCAUUUCGCAUACUUCAAGUGGCAUUUCUGGCAUGUGUACACAAGUACUGCAUGUGUGGUGUCAACAUUAUCAGCAUAUUGUCACCAAGAAUUGAUAGAGUGAUUAAAAAUCAGAUCGAAAUUUCUGACAUGUUUGUAAUCAAUUAUGCAACGGCGCUGGUACUCUUGCGAUUCAAUAUCUACUAUAUCAUCUACUAUAAAAUAUCACGAUUGGUUGGUGACUUUCAACAAUUUCUCCUUUCACCAGCAUUCAGUCCAAAUUCUGAUAAAAUGAUUGGUGGGAAUGAAAAUGUGAAGAAGGCUUGGAAGAAGACAAAUAUCAUAGAGAAACUCUUCAAGGUAGGUAUAGAAACAGAGUGUCUCAUGCCUGGUGGACCGUGUUGGACAAUGAGUACAGUGACAUCGUCGGAAAUUUGGAGGAAAUUCGACAUCGGAUUGUAUAAUUUUCUCAAAUAUUACGUCUACAUUCCAUGGAUGGAUGUGGUGAAUGGGGUAUUCUGCAGAGGUGAUGAAGUUGAGAGAAGCAAACUGAGUUCCCUUCUCAGCAACAUCAGUGCUACCUGUGGUGCCCUACUUACGUUCCUCUUCGUUCUGACAUUUCACCACUGGACCAUGGGAAAUAAAAUUUGGGUUACGUUCAGUUUCACAUACUGGUUGAUAGAGAGAAUUGGCAUUCAGUACUUCCAAAAGAACAAUAUAAGUGAAUAUUUGGUGAACCGUUUUUCGCCAGCCUGGGAACAUCGUAUUCGAACUGGAGCCUGUGCUCUACUUCAAGUUGCCAAUUUCAUCAGUUUCCUCUACUUUGUCACUAACUACACGACUGGUGAUUUCCUGAUGAAAAAUAUGCUUAUACAUCCAUGUAAGUUGACUUGUCAAAUGAAUUUCACUAAGUUGCAUUAA